AGCUCUGUUUUUUCAAAUCGAAUUCAAUGGCGGUAGCAUCAUCAUCAUCAUCAUCUCUGGAUAAAAUUCAGCCCCCAACUUAUGGAAACCUAAUUACUGUGCUAAGCAUUGAUGGAGGUGGUAUUAGGGGAAUCAUUCCUGCCACUAUCCUUGAAUACCUUGAAUCCCAGCUUCAGGAAUUCGAUGGUGAGGAUGCAAGACUUGCAGAUUACUUCGACGUGAUUGCAGGAACAAGUACUGGUGGUCUAGUAACCGCCAUGUUGACUGCUCCAAAUGAAAAGGGCCGACCUCUCUUCGCCGCGAAAGAGAUCAAGCCUUUCUAUCUCGACCACAGCCCUAAAAUUUUCCCACAAAAGAGAGGUGUUUUUGGGUCAAUUGGAAAUCAAUUAAAACUGUUACGAGGGCCCAAAUACAAUGGAAAGUACCUUCACCGGGUUAUAAAGGAGAAACUCGGAGAGACUCGUUUGCAUCAAACCUUAGCCCAUGUUGUCAUUCCAACUUUCGAUAUCAAACACUUGCAGCCAACCAUUUUCUCCACUUAUGAGGUGAAAAAAUCCCCUUAUUUGGAUGCUCGAUUAUCGGAUAUAAGCAUCAGCACAUCUGCAGCUCCAACUUACCUUCCGGCCUAUCACUUCAAAAACCAAGAUGACAAAGGAAAUGUAAAGGAGUUCAAUCUCAUCGACGGCGGUGUCGCUGCAAAUAACCCGGCUCUGGUUGCAAUAAGCCAAGUGACCAAACAGAUCUUUGACGAAAAUCCCGAUUUCUUCCCGAUUAAGCCCGUGGACUACUGCCGAUUUCUGGUGAUUUCAAUCGGCACGGGCUCAUCGAAAGCGGAAAAGAAAUACAGUGCGAAAACAGCAGCCAAAUGGAGUGUUUUGGGUUGGUUACUGCAUGGGGGUUCGACUCCAUUGGUGGAUGUCUUCACUCUGGCAAGUGCAGAUAUGGUUGAUUUUCAUCUUUCUGUGGUUUUCCAAGCUCUUCAUUCAGAAGAGAAUUACCUUCGUAUUCAAGAUGACACAUUAUCCGGGACGGAAGCCUCUGUCGAUGUUUCUACAAAGGCGAAUUUGGACAAACUUGUUAAGAUCGGAGAAAAUUUAUUGAAGAAACCCGUUUCCCGGGUCAACUUGGAGACCGGUCUAUCCGAGCCGUUUAAAGAUUGUGGCACAAAUGAAGAGGCUUUGAAAAAAUAUGCAAAAUUACUUUCAGAUGAAAGGAGGCUCAGACAAUUGACAUCUCCGCAUACAUACCAAUAAAAGCUCGAAGUAGAAAGGGCCUUUAAUUUUCCAAAUAACCAUGCAUGGAUGAUACUGUUGAGUGGUCAAUUAUAUA